AUGAGUAAGAGGCAAAUUGAGUCUGAUUCUGACAUAAAUGUCAGUUCAACUGAUGAUGAAUCUGAUACUGAGUCAAUGCAAGGCAAGAAAACCGGGGACGAGGAGGAGGAUGCUGAAAUGGAAGAUACAGUUAAUGUUGAUUUUGACUUUUUCGAUUUAAACCCCGAAGUGGAUUUCCAUGCUACAAAGAAUUUCAUACGUCAGUUGUUUGGGGAUGAUCAUGGUGAGUUUGAUAUUAGCGGGAUAGCAAACUUGAUUUUGGAAAAAGGCUCAGUGGGUACUUCGAUAAAGACCGAGGGAGAAACAAGUGAUCCGUUUGCGCUUUUGAGCGUUAUUAAUCUUGGUGACAACUUGUCGAAUCCAAGUCUAAAGAAGCUUGUGGAAUACGUUUUAAACAAGACCAAGAGCAAUAUGGAGCUCAAUUUGACGUUGAAAAAAUUACUCAAAAAUGAUGCUGGUAGUGAUGAAGAUGAAAAAAGAGCUAGAGUUGGCUUGAUUGUAAGUGAAAGAUUGAUAAACAUGCCCGUUGAAGUAGUACCGCCCAUGUACAAGAUGUUAUUAGAAGAAAUGCAAAAUGCAAACAAAAAAGAUGAUGCUUUUGCCAAACUGUACGAUUUUGACUAUUUCUUGAUAAUAUCCAAGGUUUAUCAGUUAGUCGAUGCGGUUGAGAAGAUUGAUGACGAAGAAACGAGUGGGAAAAAGAGAAAGACUAUGGUUGGCGGACCCAAACAAGUGGAAAUGGACUAUUUCCACUUGGAGGAUCCGAUACUAGAAGACAAUGCGGUAAGCAAGGGGAUCUUUGAUUACAAUAAUAAGAAUAAGCAAGAAACAGAUUCGAGAAGGGUGUUUACAGAAUACGGAAUUGACCCCAAGUUGAGUAUCAUUUUGAUUAAAAAGGAAAAGUUGGAAAAAUCGGUAAAGGAAAUGGAAAAGCAGUUUCCUGCUCCAGCAUAG